AGGGUUUCGAUUGGAAAGGAUGUACAAGCCGACUUACAAAUAUUUUACUGUGGAAUUCUCGAAAGAUGAUAUCUGUAAGGAUCUGAACAAAGUGUGGAAGAAAGAGGUGGAAUCCGUCUUUGCAUCUUAUGGUCUAUCCUGCAGAAUGAAUGAGGAUGAGUGUAAAAUGAUCCUGGAAACAGGUAAUACGGAGGACGAAGAUAUCAUUAAAAGAGCUAGGCGUGUUCUCGGUGUUCUCGCAUGUGGUCUGAGCACACAAUGGGUUAAACCAAUAUUGCUCGGACAAAUCUAUUGUAAUGCGAUAAGGAUAGAAAAACCAGACGGGAUGAGUGAGGAAGAAUUCUCAAGCUAUUUUGAUGAUUUCAUCGAAAAAUUUGAAAACUUAUAUGAACUCCCUCGCAAGUGGUGCUGCUUCGUUCUUUAUUUUGAAAAAUGUAUAACCGUUCUGGCUACUUCGUUUCAAGCAACAAUGGCAGUGAGGUCCCUUGUUCAAGGCAGCCUUUUUGGGGAUAUCCCCUUUCAAGAUAGUGUUGAGAUGGUGAUAAGAGGAAUUGAAAUGUCAGAGGAGGAGGAAAGUUUAACAAAGAAUCUAGAGUUGUUCCGCUCUUUGCUUGCUACUCAAUGAGAUUUAAACUGCACAAUUGCCUGCUAGGUCAUAGAAAUCCUCAUUGGAAAAUGGUUAAGACCCUGACUCUCUACAGGAAGUUAUAAGCCAAAACAGGCAAAACAUAAAUACAUUCCUGAUGUGAAAAGGAUACUCGAGGGAAAAGUCAAAAGAGGAAUUACAAUUAUUUUUUUUAUAAUGUUCAAAUAGAAGUAACAUGAGAACUGUAGAUAGAAACCUUCUCCUGCUUAGAAAACCAUUCGGCUUUCCUUCAGUGAAGGGUGUUUGAAAACAGGGCUGUUGCUAUCUGUUUCAUUAUGUUGAAAGGUUAUAUAUGUCAGAUAUAUGUCAUGUAUAACAUUUUACAGGGGAAAAAAAAGGUUCAUGCCAGUUUUCCUCACAGGCUGCAAAGCAAGACUAGCACGAAGUUUCUGUUUCAUGUCUGCUUCAGAACUGAAGUCCAGUUUGACCUAUAAAUGGGAAUAAAUCAAUGAAGAAGCUGUGUAUGACUUUAGCAUUCUGACCUAGAAAUGGGUACAAAUCAAUUAAGAAGUUGCGUAUGAAU